AUGCAGCAGCAGCUGCAAGUGGACGAGGCUGUGGGCAGCGCCGGCGGCGAGCCGGCGGCGCCGCCCCUGGAGGCCCUGCCCGGGCAGCAGCUGUCGGUCAGUGCGUACGACUCAGCCCUGUCCUCCGAGGUCACUCGCUGCGAGGCCGGCACGUACCACGUCCGCGUGACGGGCCCGCCAGGGGCGUCGUUCGUCCUGCACUGGGGCUGCAACAACUGGGAGCUCCCGCCGGCCGGGGCGAUCCCGGCCGGCAGCCAGCAGGCCGGCGACAGGGCGGUGCGGACGCCGUUUGACUCCUAUGCGGGCGCCUCUGCCGUGACCCUGGCGUUUCCCGAGGCGCUCUGCCCCGAGCGCAUGGUGUUUGUAGUGCACGACACCGCCAGCGACACGUGGAUCAGGGACCACAGCGCGAAUUUCUCGCUGCCACUCAGGGCGCCCUGCCUGUCUGCGCUGGUAGAGGGCGUGCUGAUCGCGGAGUCCAGCUACGAGCACUGGGGCCUGAUGCACCGCCUGCAGCGCGUGCUGGAGCUGCUGGACGCCGCUGAGGCCGCGGGCCCAAGCGGCAUGGCGUUUGUGUACACGUGGCUGCGGCUGAGCAACGCCAAGCUGCUGGACUGGGCUCGCGCCUUUAGCUACCAGCCGCGCGACAUUGCCUGGGCGCAGCAGCAGCGCCCCUGCAAGUGGGCGCAGCAAGACCCGCCUUCCGGCCUGGUUCACCCCCGCGCCACCGCCGCCAAAGCUGCCGCCGCCGCCGCCGCCUCCGCCGAGCAGGUCUCCGAGCGCGUCGCCGGCAAGGCGCGCGGCGCGGCCGACCCCCGCGUCCGCGGCUACGCGCGCAUGGCGCUCGGCGGGCUGUCUCGCGGCGGCACGCACGGCGACGAGAUCCGGCACGGCAUCCUGAACGUGAUGCGGGACUUUGGCAUCCGCGAGGGCAACCGGCCGGGUCUGGACGAGCCGUGGCUGGAGCAGUGGCACCAGAAGCUGCAUCAGAACACCACGCCUGAGGACGUCGUUAUCGCAGACGCCCACAUUGCGUUCCUGCAAAGUGGCAACCACGAGGACUACUGGCGCGUUCUGGCGGACAACGGCCUCACCAAGGAGCGCAUAGAGUCAUGGGACCAGCCCCUCACAUGCCUGCCCCUCCACCUUCCGCACCUGCUGCCGGCCAUGCAGCACUACCGCUGGGUCCUCAUGACCUGCCACUCGGGGGCGGAGCUGGAGGUGGCGCUGGAGAUGGCCAAGGGACACCUGUCAGACGACCUGCGGUGGCACAUGUACGACCUGGCCGCCCACCGCCACGCCUGGUGGGCCCCUGGCAAGUGCCUGGAGCUGCGCCGCCGCCUGGCGCCCAUGGUGGCGCACCCCAACGCAUCGCGCGACGUGCAGCUGCUGGACAUCGCCCUCGAGUCCUGGCUGCGCCUGCUGGUGGAGCGCACCGACCGGGGUAUGCUCGCUUGA